AUGAAUCGUGGACGUACUACUACCAGAUCAACGAGUGAUGGCUUGUCCACCUUUUACAGAGAGCGGUUUGGAAGUCAUUCACCGGAGGAAUACAUGAAUUUGCGUAUAUCGGGCUUUGACGACAAGCUAGAUCGGGAAGAAAUCAAAGACAUUCUUGCUAAUGAGUUCCGGAAAUUUGCACCAUUUGAGAUCAAAGUUGUUCGAAAUCCUGGAGAUGAGGAGAGAUUGGCAUACGUUAAUUUUGAACGGCGAGACUGUGCCAGGAAAGUUAGGUACACUAUAAUGGAUCGUUUAAGAAAAGUUCUUGGUCGACGUGUUCUUUGCGAUCCUGCAGGGAUUCUCCGCGAUCAGGAAGGAAAAUAUAUUCCUGAUCGCUUCAAUCGCGCUCUUCAGGGUGAUCGAGGUGGGCGCCGUUCACCCGACCGAAGAUCGCGUCCCAAAGAGCCACCUCAGUGGAGGCUGAAGGAGGACGACUCGGCUGCCACGAGAACUCUCUUUGUUGGAAAUAUGCCAUCUGAUAUUAGGGAAUCCGAGAUCCGCAAAGUUUUCGAAAGGUAUGGGAAAAUCGAAGAUAUUGAUAUCAAAACUCCAGCAAACACCGAUGCGGCGUACGCUUUUGUUAUGUUUCAGAAUCUAGAGCAAGCAAUGGAAGCGAAGCACGGUGAACACGACCGUUCCAUUAGACCAGGCUCGGUGCGAUGUAAAAUAGGUUAUGGGAAAAGUCAGACUUCGCGUCGUCUUUGGGUUGGUGGCCUAGGCUCGUGGACUAGUGCGGAUGCUCUCGCAAAGGAAUUUGAUCGUUAUGGUCCAAUUGAAAAACUUGAAUACGAGAAUGGAGCUGAAUUUGCAUACAUUCGAUUCGCGGAUACGAAUGCGGCUACCGAUGCAUGUAGAGCAAUGAAGAACUUCCCACUUGGUGGCAGAGACAGAUGCAUUUUGGUGGAUUAUGCGAAAGACGACACCGCGAAGGAGUCGAACGGCGGAAGUGGACGGAAAAGGCGAGCGACAAAAUCCCCAAUGGGUGGGCCUCGAACGCCGCCAGGGUCACCGAAGCCCAUAGUGAAAACUUUCGAAGAGCUUGAUGAGGAAUACGCGACAACUUGGCAAGGACAGGUGUUGCUUAAGAAGACAGAAUAUAGCAUCAGACUGUACAGGAUAGGCGGGACGGAGCGAUUAAUUCAGAAGUUGUUGCGCGAUGACGAUGGUAAUGCUGUCAAGUUGCAUAUCACUCAGAGAUUGGCUUUGUCCGGUCAGGAAGGACUACUUGAGAGGUUAACGAAUUCCUCUAGUAAACAGCUGAGUUUGAUGAUAGCUGUUGGAAAACAACUGGAUGAUGUCAGACCUUUGGUGCGAUAUCUUACAGACAAGGACGCUGCUGGUGUUGUCACUGUUACUGGUGGGCUGUUGUACAUAUUUCCUCACAGCGACAUGGCUACCAAACUAAUUGCUCAUUUUGCACCAACUGUGCGUCUGAUGUCUGAAGGCUGCCCAUUCCUAUUCUUUGUGCUUGGGCUCAAAACUUCCUCAGCUGCUACGUCGCCUGAUCGUUGA